AUGAUAAAGCGUAAUGUGAGCCCAACCGAAACAGACAACUACCCGUCCAAGAAAACGAAAGCCGUAACAGAAAAAUAUCCCAACAAGAAAACGAAAACACUUCCGCAAGCAAACAGCACCACUCAAACUUUUCUGUCUGGUUGGGUCAAACCUUCUCCCGCGAACGACGCGUCUUUUGAGGAGAAAAACUCGAAACAACCUGGGUCAAAUUUCGAAACACUCACCAAAGGCCUUGACGGUAAUAAAAAAGAAUUAUUGAGGUUGGAAGCCGAGACUCUGGACGGCGAAUGGUUGAGAGCGUUGAAUGCCGAACUAAAGAAGCCUUACUUUCUUCAGUUGAAAAAUUUUCUAAAGAGUGAAAAAGAAAGUAAAAAAACUGUAUUUCCACCCGAACGAGAUAUUUACAGCUGGUCAAGAUUUACUCCCUUAUCAAACGUGAAAGUCGUGAUCGUUGGGCAAGGAUUAUGCUUCAGCGUAAAAAACGGGGUACGUUGCCCUCCAUCUCUUCUCAACAUCUACAAGGCAUUGAAGCUUGACAUCCCGUCAUUUGAGAUUCCAAAUCAUGGAAAUCUCGAGAACUGGGCAAAAGAAGGUGUUCUCUUAUUGAACGCAUCAUUAACCGUUCGUGCUCACGAUGCAGCAAGUCACAGUGGUAAAGGAUGGGAGAAAUUUACUGACGCGGUAAUUCAGUAUCUUAACGAAAAGAAAAACAGCAUAGUGUUCUUGCUAUGGGGUUCACACGCUCAAAAGAAAGGCAAAAAUAUAGACAAGUCUAAGCACCUUGUCCUCACGGCGGCGCAUCCAUCUCCAUUAUCAGCACAUCAUGGAUUCUUCGAAUGUCGUCACUGGUCAAAAGCCAACGAAUUUCUAAAAAGCCGUGGUAGAGCUCCAAUUAAUUGGAACUGUUUAGCAAAUCCGCAGAUUCACACUCUUACUACUUCCACUACCACGCCAACUAUUGAUACCGGUGUCAGCACCACUCCUACCAACGCCAUCACGCGCGCCGUUAAUGCAAUUUCGGAACCAGAAGUUCAAAAGAGUGAAGCCGCUGCCAAUGAAGUUUCUGAGUUCGAAGUUCAAAAGGGUAAAACUGCCACCAAUGAAACUUCCGAGUUCGAAGUUCAAAAAAGUGAAGCCGCUGCUAAUGAGGCUCCUGAACUCGAGGUUCAAGAUAAAAUUGCUAUCAAUGAAGCUUCCGCGCUUGAGGCUCAAAAAAGUGAAACUGCCACCAACGAAGCUUCAGCUAUCGAAGAUAAGAAGUCUGAAUAA